CGCCCGCCGCAAACACAGUCGCAGUCCGUUCGCCCGCGACCCCGCCGCAAUCCCGCACAUGUCGCGACCGCCGCAAACAACCACGCCUCCCUCCGCCACAAACAACCACGCUUCUCGCAGACUCCUUUCUUGUGCCUCUCUGUAGGUUUUCUACACUCUAGGAGGAGGUCAGAGACACCUCAUAGUUGGCUUCGCCGUGCGCAUGCGAUUUGCGGCGGGCGGAGGCUGGCACAGCCGCAGCUGGGGCGACGACGACAACGGCGCCGUGGAUGCCUCCGCCACCGCCGGAUCGAAGGGACUAUUUGUACCGGGAGGGCCGCAGGCACGACGGCGGCGAAGGCGACCCGCUCCUGCCGCCCGCCCCAACGCCGCCGCGCUGGCGGGACUCGCCGUACCACCCGUCCCCACCACCACCUCUGCGGGACCAUGCGCGGCCCUCGCCGCGCCAGGCGCCGACGUCGGCCUCCUCAGAAGGCUACUACCGACAGGGCGGCGGCGCGUACGACCGCUCCUACCCUGACGACCCGCCGCCUGUCUACACGUCGUCGCGCUCGGACCGCUACUGGCCUAUUUUGUGACAUCUUCUUGGAUGAUCGAAGCUUCUACGAUGCCGAGAUGAUGUUCCGCAGAGUCAAUGAGAGGCAGUAUCCCUGUAGCGACAUCGGCAAGUGGUCGCCGGAAAGGCCGUCUCCCCAUGUCGACCUCUACUUCCCAGAGCGGGUUCCUUCUUACAACUCUCCUCAGGCUUGGCUUCUCCCUUAGAUUAGCUACGAAAUCUGUUGUGUUUGACAGACAUAAAUGAUGUGUGUGUGUUCGUCGUCUUGCAGUAAUUGUUGGUUCUUUUAACAGUGAAACGGUAGCUGAAAAUAUAUGCACAUCCAGAUGUGUUCUUGCCUAGCAUUCCUACUGUUCUGUACUUUGUGAUGCCUGAUGCGUGAUAGUUCCUUCACCUUGUCUUGAAAUUGGAUAGAUAUGUAUGUAAACUGAAUAGAUUCUGAAUUAGUAUCCGUCAAUUCAUUUUUUUAAGUACCCUCCAAUUCAUUUACCAUGGGCUCUAUAACAAGAAACUAAUUUGGAUGAGUAUCUGUGUUCUUAACGUUGACGCUCUAAGCAGAAAUGCACAAAAUCUAGGAUGCCUGAGUAACAAUUAUUUGGUAUUCUUUCUGACUGCUAGCUAGGCUUACAUGACAUGCUUCUUUAGUCUCACUGAAUAUUCUGUGCACUCUCGGUAGUAGCCUUCUGAAUUUUCUUGAGUUAGGAAAAUGAAUGCGUAUUUUUCCAAUGCUUGUUUCAGAUUUUCAGAUGUUAUGUUGAUAGCCAAUUUUCUCAUCGUCGAUCAGCAGCUAAUAGUUGUCCUAUUAAUUGUCCAAUUGCAGUAGCAUUUGAUUUUUCUUGCUCAUUUUCUGUUUUUAGUUCAUUCCUAAACAAAUAACUCAAGCCUAACUUUGCCUCGAACCUCAACAUCUGAUUAACAACACAUGAAAAAUAGAUGGAUAACCACAAAGCAGGUUAAAGAUAGAAUGGCAAUAUGGUGUCGGCUUUACUCGUUAGAGUGUUAUUUAAAAAAGAGGUGGUCCACAGAUGGGUUGAAUUUAUUUUAGUUAAUCAUGCUUUGAAUUAGUGUUUAGAGUGUAAAGUUAGGACUGAAAAAAGGUGUAUAUGUUCAGUUUAGUGGGCAGAAACAUGCUUUGAAGUAGUGUUCAGUUUAGAAUGUAAAGUUAGGACUGAAAAAUAGGGGUAUAUGUUCAGUUUAGUGGGCAGAAACAUGCUUUGAAUUAGUGUACAAUUUAAAAUGUAAAGUUAUGACUGAAAAGCAGGGGUAUAUGUUCAGUUUAGUGGGCAGAAACAUGCUUUGAAUUAGUGUUCAGUUUAGAAUGUAAAGUUAGGACUGAAAAACAGGGGUAUAUGUUCAGUUUAAUGGGCAGAAACAUGCUUUGAAUUAGUGUUCAGUUUAGAAUGUAAAGUUAGGAAUGAAAAACAAGCAUUUAAUCGAGGUCUGCAAUUUGCGUAAAGGAACAAACUAUUUUGUUUUUAUAUUGGUUAAUCCAAAACAUGAUUUAGUGUUUAGAAACAUAUACUCAUCAAGUUACUUCAGUCAAUGGAGCAUAACCUUCAGCCUUUCCUAUGGUUAGAGAUUUUUUUGGUGGAAUACAAGGUGAAUUAUUACUUCACUAGAAGCUUGUGAAUAAUGAUUAAAUUUAUUGAGCACUUAUAUGAUGGUUGUAUCUAAUCCAGGCAGCAAAAGAGAAGUCGAAAGAGAUAGAUAGGCUUACAAGGGAGCAGAAAGCAGAGGAGCGUCAAAAGCAGAGGGGAAAAGAGUAUGAUGUGGAGGCAGGGAUAGAGAUACCAGAAGAGGGAGGUCUAGGGAGCAUGACUAUAAUCGUGAUCGUCAGUAUGAACAAAGUUGUAGAAAAGACAAAUCCUAUGAUUAGAGAGAGAGAGAGGAUCAGAGCACCGAAGCAAUCUCUACAGAAAUGGGAGGGAUUCUGAAAGAGUCGGUCAUAGAUACAGGAGUGGUGAUAUGACAAGCGCCCAAGGGAGAAUGAGGAGCAGGUCACAUUCUCCAACAAGGCAUGCCUAUGAAAGAUCUAGAAGUCCAAAUCAUUAGCUGAACAUUUAAAUAUUUUUAAUAGUUGGGACUCAUGAUGUAGACCGUUCCCUUCUAUUUAUUAGCGUAUAAUGGGUUUUA